GCGGCUGUCAAUCAGCCUCCGCGAGCGACGAUACGCGUUUCCUGCGGGUGUCCGCUUACACUUUAAACCACGUGACCCUCCCUAUAUCAACACACGGACGCCAUUAAUAAUAAAGGCAGAGAGACGGAAAAUCAGAGGGUACAGUUCAGAGAUGGAUUCGAAGUCUCGUCGUUUUCCGUUUGCUGUCUCCAGCUCUUCCUCGCUGUCAUCACCCUCCUCCUUGUCCUCUUCAUCUUCAGCGCUCAGUGCGAGUCGGCUCUAUGGCAGAGGGAGCGUCUUGGGAAGAGAUCGCUUCAGCAGGGAAGCUUCUGUCAAGUUAGACUCAGAUUAUCAGAGCUCCCGUCUGCUGAGCUCGCCAAGAGGUUACAGUUCAACUGAAAGCCGUCACUCCAACUGGAAGCUCUCUACUCCCAUCUCCCUUUCCUCCUCUUCCUCUUCUUCAUCUGUCCAUGAUCGGUCAUGGACCGAAUCCACCAGUGGGGAGAGAGGCAGACUUACAGACUCUGAGAGAAGACUGGGAACCUACUGUGGACUUCUUGGCAAAUCCCAAGACACAGAGUCUAAAAGAGCAAAACUUUCUUACACAAAUAGAGCAGGAAAUUCCAGAUCCCCAUCCACAUCUAAACCUACCAACCUAGCCAACUCCUACUCUACUUUAGGACAUUCUUCGUGGAAAACCACCAUUAGUCCUUUGUCUAGAUCCUCCUCCUCCUCAUCUUCUUCGUCCAUUCCAUCAGAGGGUCCUUGGGCCCGCAGGGAUUGGGAGAAGAGGGGGGAUUUAGGACUGACCUCACUGGGGGAGUCUAGUUAUCGGCCUAGUGGACUGACAUCUUCAUUGUACCGUUCAGAGCGUGUUACAUCCACCUAUGCACAAGGUGCUCGACCCAAAGAGAGCCAGUACUCAUCCUACAGAGAGAACAGUUCAUCUAGUCGCCGUAUCCAAAACGAGUACCUCCCCUCUCCUCUGGAGCGCAGCUCCCACAGGCUGACCACAGAUUACAAGUCUGGUCCGUUCUCUCGCGAUACACCACGCACUAGCUCUACCAGAACCUCCACCUCUGUGUCGGACUCAUCCCACCUCUCAUCCUGGAGCUCCACCCCUUACACACCCCUUACUGGCUGUAGCUCCAGCCCACCUUCAUCUAGCCCCACUCCACUUCCUGCUCAGAAUGGCGGCGACUCAGACGGCAGGCGAACAACCAGACGCCUGCUAUCUCGCCUUUUCUCCCGACGCUCCAGUCAGGAGUCAAACUCCACCGCCAGCUCUGCCUCUGAUUCAAGGUCAUUUGACUCUAGCCCAGAUGAAGCCCUGCCCUCUGAAGCCCCCCCUCCAGUCAGUAGAGAAAAUUUGGAAGCAGAGCUGAGGAAUUCCGACCCCGUUCAGGCGUUUUCGUUCUUGCGCAGACGCGGACCAUCUCUCGCUCCCGUCAGGGAGAGCGCUGAUGUAGGGCCCGAACAGGAAUCGCUCAGGCCUCAAGCGGGACUGUCCUGGCUGAACUGGAACCGCUGUACCCCACUGUUCUCUCGUCGCAGGAGGGAGGGCCGUGACGAAAGCGCCCGAAUGGGACCUCAUCGUUCACCCCAAUUCCCUGGCCGAGAUGGCAGUAAAACGCCUGACCAAGGCACACAUUGUGAAGGGGAUGAUGAUGAUGAUGAAGAUGAGUCCUCAGAGGGUGCUACAGCAGCACCCUCUUCUGGAGCCUCGGGUCUUUCUGCAUCGCUACUGCAGGACGGAGCCCGUCUGGCUGGACGGAGCCAUGGCAUUGGCCGGGUGAUGACCAGCCCGCUCUUCCGUAUGCCUGAGAAUGUACUUAUUGGUGUGGGAGUAGGAGCAGAGGGGAGGAGUCAAACUGAUGAGCAGACAAAAGACAAGCCCGCCCCCUCCAGAGACCCAGAGAGACUGCGAAAGAUUCAGGAGAGCCUUCUGUUGGAGGAUUCUGAUGAGGAGGAGGGGGAUCUGUGCCGAAUCUGUCAGAUGGGGGAGCAGUCGAGUUCCAACCCUCUGAUCGAGCCCUGCAAGUGCACCGGCAGCCUGCAGUAUGUGCACCAGGACUGCAUUAAGAAAUGGCUCCACUCCAAAAUCAGCUCUGGUUCUAACUUGGAGGCCAUCACUACCUGUGAACUUUGUAAGGAAAAACUGCACCUAAAUAUUGAGAACUUUGACAUCAAUGAGCUCUAUCGAUCUCAUGAAAGGUCAGAAUAUGAGUUCAUCAGCUGUGGGCUGUACCUGGUGGUGCUCCUGCACCUGUGUGAGCAGAGGUUUUCUGAUGUCCUGGGUGCAGUCAAUGAUGCUGGGUUUUUCAACUUGGCGAGAACUCUACAUGAACACAUGGACAAUCUUGAAAGUUCAUAUGCAGAAUCUGAUGAAGAUGAGGCGGAGGACAGCAGACCGUCCAUCGACUUCUGUGACUUGGAGGAUGAAGAGGAGGAGGAGGUUUAAUCAGUUGGCAGGGAGGAAGGAGGCGUGGCUUAGCAGUUUGUCUCUCAGUCUCCUCUCACUUGCUGUUUUCGACCUAUGUCCUCCUGUUUAAAGUGACUUUAGCCAACAUCUGAUUGCCAGCGUAACCACUGUCCCUAGCCUAUCACAAGGCUUUCAUAAUAUGCAGUUAAUUCAAGUUUAUGGGAGAUGUUUGGAUCCUGUUAUGAAUUUUAUUUUUCAUUUUUUUCUGUUUCGCAUCAGAUUGGUGAGCACUCUAAAGCUUUCAGUUAAAAAAAAAAAAAUGUCCGGUGAACUGACCACCAUGAGUGCUUUAAAAAACUAUGCUUAGAAGCUGGUUUGGGGAAAGAGAGGAUCUUGGAAGAUUCAUGCUCUUAAACUGGUGAAGUUGAGGAACGUUCAUCCGCUCAUUUAUACAGUAGGGCUGCUUGAAAAGGAUGUGAUGUUUGGUUUCAAUAUCUUGAUGAUUUUAAAAAAUAAAUAAGACCCUUCAUUUC